GCAAAAAAAUACCAACAUAAAAAAAGGUAAGUUGAGAGGCUAUAACAGCAACAUAACAACAGCAUAAAGUUUCUAAAUAUGUUAGGGAACAUUUUAUUCACACUAUUUUCUACCAUCUAUAAAAUCUAAAAAAGUUAUAAAAAUAAAAUGGCAGCCUACAUUGCUGAUGACGAUGAUCUUGAACCCAUGUCACCAACGAUUCAACAUUUGCUGGACCAAACAGAUUUGCGUUGGAUAUUUGUAGGCGGUAAAGGCGGCGUUGGUAAAACAACUUGCAGUUGCAGUGUAGCUGCUCAGUUGUCCAAGCACAGAAAAAAUGUUUUAAUUAUAUCCACGGACCCAGCACAUAAUAUUUCAGAUGCUUUCGAUCAAAAGUUUGCGAAAACACCAACCCUUGUAAAUGGGUUCAACAAUCUAUAUGCAAUGGAAGUAGAUCCAAAUCUUGGCUUGUCUCACUUACCCGACGAUGUUAUUGAAGAUCAGGAUAUUACUUCUGUUGGAAAAAAUAUGAUGCAAGAGUUACUUGGAGCGUUCCCUGGUAUCGACGAAGCAAUGAGUUUUGCUGAAGUUAUGAAACUUGUGCGGAGCAUGGAUUACUCUGUAGUGGUGUUCGACACAGCGCCCACUGGUCACACCCUACGUCUCAUUUCGUUUCCUUCCGUAAUCGAGAGCUCGCUAGAGAAAUUAAUGGCGUUGAAAUCAAGAAUACAGCCUCUUAUCUCUCAGUUCGGAGGAAUGUUCGGUAUGGAAAACGCAAACGGGAUAGAUGAGUUCACAAGCAAACUAGAUGAAACACUUCCUGUUAUUAAAGAAGUCAGUUCACAGUUUCAAAACCCUAACCAUACCACGUUUGUUUGUGUGUGCAUCUCUGAGUUCUUAUCACUGUACGAAACAGAGCGACUGGUGCAAGAACUGACUCGCAUGAAUAUGGACAUCUGUACCAUUAUUGUCAAUCAACUCGUCUUCCCAAAGAAGGGACCUACAGCUUGUGGUUUGUGUACUGCUCGCUCAAAAAUUCAAAACAAAUACUUCGAACAGAUACAAGAUUUAUACGAAGACUUCCAUGUAAUCAAGUUACCGCUCCUUCCGCACGAAGUGAGAGGCUCAGAACAAAUCAUUUCUUUCUCCAAUUGGCUUGUUAGCCCUUACGUUCCAAGCCGCUGAUGUGAGAUGGCUGUUAGACCUUCUAUCGGUUUUAUGACAUUACAUUUCCUGAGUAUUUCGUGUAAUUUAUCGUCAUACAUGCGCGAAAAAGGUUUUUAUUGUGUAGAGGCGAGAAAUAAAGGUCGUGAUUGAUUAUUUAUUGA